AUGGCCAAAAGUGGAGAGGCUCUGCCACAGGACAGCUCAGCACCGGCCCAGGAUCCCCACCUCAUCAAGGUGACAGUGAAGACGCCCAAGGACAAGGAAGAUUUCUCAGUGACAGACACAUGCACCAUCUGGCAGCUGAAGCAAGAGAUAUCACAGCGCUUUAAGGCCCAUCCAGAUCAGCUGGUCCUAAUCUUUGCUGGAAAGAUCCUCAAGGACGCGGACUCACUGGCACAGUGUGGAGUACGAGAUGGUCUCACCGUUCACCUGGUCAUCAAGAUGCAGCGCCGCACCAUUGGCACCGAAUGCCCAGCUGCUGUAGUUCCUGCCCCAGGCCCAAGUCCCGGAUCACUCGCUCAGCCAACCUCCAUUUACCCAACAGAUGGGACAACCACCUUCAGCUUAGGUGUCCUCACAGGCCUCAAUGGGUUGGGCCUGACCUCUGGCAGUUUUCCUGACCAGCCGAGCUCACUGAUGUGGCAGCAUGUAUCAGUGCCCGAGUUUGUGGCUCAGCUCAUUGAUGAUCCCUUCAUCCAAGGCCUGCUGUCCAACACAGGCCUGGUGCGCCAGUUGGUUCUAGACAAUCCCCAUAUACAGCAGCUGAUCCAGCACAACCCUGAGAUUGGGCAUAUUCUCAACAACCCUGAAAUCAUGCGGCAGACGCUGGAGUUUUUACGUAACCCUGCCAUGAUGCAAGAGAUGAUGCGUAGCCAGGACCGGGCACUCAGUAACCUGGAGAGCAUCCCCGGUGGCUACAAUGUGCUUCGUACCAUGUACACAGAUAUUAUGGACCCAAUGCUGAAUGCAGUCCAGGAGCAGUUUGGUGGCAAUCCAUUUGCUACCACGAAUGCUAAUGCUGCCACCAGUAGCAGCCAACCUUCAAGGACAGAGAACUGUGAUCCUCUCCCAAACCCCUGGACUUCCACAUACAGAGGAGGCCCAGGUGGCAGGCAAGGAAGGCAGCCUGAGGACCAAGAUACAUCUGAAAUUAGAAACAGGGUUCCAAGCUUUCUGGGUAAUAUAGGGCUGUUUGAUUAUUUCCAGCAAUUGCAUGAGACAGGCCCAUCCCUGGGGUCCUAUUUUCAGGGGUCUGUAUCUUCCUCCAAUCCAAGCCAAGGACAACUACCACCACCAGUUAACAGAGGUCCCCCAGUGUCACCAUCCACCCAGGAACCUGGGGCAGGACAGCCUCUCCCCACAGAGUCAGUAGCAGUCAAGGGCAAGUCCUCCUGCCCAUCUUUUCUGAGAUAUCCCCCGGAGAGCAGCACUGGACAAGGUGGAGGCCAAAAUGGCCUAGGGGAUGACUCUAUUGGCCAUAGCCCUAGCAUGCCAGAUCUGGUGUCUGGAGAUUCUGGCAACAGGUCCCCAUUUGUUCCUUCACCAUCUUCCCCCAUGACAGCUAUUCCUAGAGUCCCUGAAUCUCCCUGGCUGUCUUCAUCAGGUUAUUCAAGAUCUCUGAGGACAGAUGGCAUGCAUCAGGCCCCGCAGUUGCAGGAUGAGAUGCACCAACAGCUUCCAUUACUGCUGCACCUGCAGACAGCCAUGGAAAACCCUCGGGCCAUGCAAGCCCUGCUGCAGAUAGAGCAGGGUCUGCAGGUCCUGGCUACCGAAUCACCUCGCCUCUUACUCUGGUUCAUGCCUUGGCUAGUAGGACUUGGUGGUACAGCAGGAGGUACAGAGUCUAGAGAAGAUACCCUUCUAUCAGAGGAUCUCCACUCAGCCCCAGAUCCUCAGGUUUCCCCAGUACAGGGGUCUGCAGAGCAAGAUCUCCAUUCCUCUCCCUUCCUCCAAAUGUUCCAAGCCUUAUCUACUACCAAUCCUCAGCAGCUGCAACCCGAGGCUCAUUUCCAGGUGCAACUUGAGCAACUGAGAGCCAUGGGCUUUCUGAAUUCUGAAGCCAAUCUUCAGGCUCUCAUUGCUACCGGGGGUGACGUGGAUGCUGCUGUGGAGAAACUGAGGCAGUCAUAG